AUGAAGCAGUUGUGUUCAUCUAUCGGAAAUCUUAAACCUACAAAAAACGAACACUUGACGAUUGUUGGAAGCUACAACAUUGAUGUUGGAAAUAUAGAGGUUAUGGAAGUUCUAACAUUGGUGUUGGUAGUUAUAAAAGCAAACUCUAAGGCGGAAUUGAAAGAAGAGACAAUCGAAACAGCUAUACCAAAAACGGUUACACAAGAACCUGAAAUUAUUCUACCGCCGUAUUCACCUAAGGGUGAUUUCGACUGUGACGCACGUGAUAUCGGCGACGCACGUGAAAACUGUGAUGCACGUGACAACUACGACGCACAUGUUAACUGCGACGCACGUGUUAACUGCAACGCACGGAAUAAUAGUGAUGCACGUGACAACUGCGUUGCACACGUUAAUGAAGAUGAAGAUCUUGAAAAUAGUCUAGAAGUUGACAGUGAUGAAGACACUGAAACUUUUGAUUUUCAGAGGGACUACUACUCCAUUAACCUAAAAAUUAAUAACAAUGGUUUUAAUGUUAAUGCGAAUAUGCAAUCAGGACAAGAAUUGGGGACAGACGAUGAUUCAAGUUUUGAAAUAACCCUUCCAGCACGCACGCGGAAUGAAAGCUUAGUUCUCGUCUACCUGGAUGAUGACAUUAACAACGGCUUCAUUGUCGAUGGGGAUGAGAUUUGCAUCGCAGUAUCACUGAUCGACAGCAAAAAUGUCAACUACGAAUCUUACAGCAUGCAUCAAUGA